AUGACUGAUCUCUCCACUCUUUCUCCUCUCUUUCUCUUCGCCCCCCUCUCCACACUCCACCCGCCUCUCCCUUCCCCCUCUCUCUCUGCUCUCUCACCCCCCCUCUCAGGCUCUCAGCAGGGGGAGGGGCAGCGCAGACUGUAUCGGGAGUUGAUGAAGGAUUAUAAUCCUCUCGAGCGACCCGUGUGGAAUGACUCUGUGUCUCUCAGGGUCACCUUCUCCAUCAGCUUCCUACAGAUCCUGGACGUGGAUGAAAAGAACCAGAUUUUGACAACGAAUUUCUGGCUACACAUGACCUGGUUCGAUCACUACCUGCGCUGGAAUGAGUCGGAGUUUCCGGGGGUCAAGAACGUGCGAUUCCGUGCGGAUCAGGUCUGGACACCUGACAUCCUGCUCUAUAACAGCGCUGAUGAUGACUUUGACUCAACAUAUAAACCCCAUGUUCUCGUUAACUCCACCGGUUACUGUACGUUUAUGCCUCCAGGUAUAUUCCGAAGCUCGUGCCAGGUUGAUGUGAGGUGGUUUCCCUUUGACACACAGGAAUGUGAGCUAAAGUUCGGAUCCUGGACCUAUGAUGGCUGGCUCCUCGAUCUGCGAAUGUCACCCGCUGAUUUAUCUGGGUUCAUCCCAAACGGGGAGUGGGACCUGCUGGGAGUCCCAGGACAGAGGCAUGAGGUGUUUUAUGAGUGUUGUCCGGAACCUUUCCCUGACGUGACGUUCUAUGUGACAAUUCGCAGACGGACGCUGUACUAUGCUCUCAACCUGUUGGUUCCCUGCGUCCUGCUAUCCUCCAUGACCCUCCUCGUGUUCCUCCUGCCCGCGGACUCGGGAGAAAAGAUCUCCCUUGGUAUCACCGUUCUCCUGUCUCUCACGGUUUUCAUGUUACUGGUGGCAGAGAUCAUGCCUGCAACAUCAGACUCCAUCCCCCUGAUAGGACAGUAUUUCGCCAGCACCAUGAUCAUUGUGGGUAUGACUGUCAUCGCAACUGUCGUCGUUUUACAAUAUCAUCAUCACAACCCGACCGGGGGCAAAAUACCCAAAUGGACCCGUGUCUUGUUGUUGACCUGGGGAGCUUGGUGUUUACGGAUGAAGAAGCCUGGGGGCCCGAGAGAGGACCUCGUCUCCCAUCAUCCGCCCUGUCAGCGCCGCAGGAGCUCAGCAAGCGAGGGGUACCCGGGGAUCUCAGGGGAGGGUUUUCUGGGGCCUGACCCCACCCAGGGGGUCACCGGGGGGCCCGAGCUCACACGCCUGCUGCAGGAGGUGGAGUACCUGACGGAGCGAGAGAGGGAACGAGAGAAGGAGGAGGAGGAGAGGGAGGAAUGGAGGUUCGCGGCCGCUGUGAUGGACAGAAUGUGUCUCGUGGGUUUCUCCAUCUUUAACAUCCUGUCGACCAUCUCCAUCCUCAUGUCAGCCCCCAGCUUCGGGGACGCACUCGCCAAGGACUUCCUGUGA